AUGACCGAGGAAGAGCGCAAAAAACGUCCCUCUGAUAUACAACAAUUAUUUGGUAGUGCCAAUGAAUGUAGUAAUGAUAAAGUGCUAUUAGCUAUACAAACUUAUGGGUUGUUCGAUAAACAAAUAAGUCGUUUAGAAAAUGAUUUGGCAGGUUUCGAAGGAGAAAUAAAUGAGAAGGCAUUAUCUAUCCGCAAAUCGGAAGAAGCACAAGUUAAAAGCAAUCGUAGUCACCACUCCACACAUGAAACACGAUCCCUUCUUAUAAUUAAUCUUAUGGAUAAGAAAGCUCAACGUAUGUGCAAGCAACAGGAGAAACGUAUCAAAGAGAAACAAAAAGUCAUUCUGGGCAAGAAUAAUUUAAGACCAAAAUUAUCGUUUUCAAUUAAACUGGGUGCUAUAUGA